UCUCUCUCUCUCUCUCUCUCUCUCUCUCUCUCUCUCUCUCUCUCUCUACCACUCUCAUCAUUCUGAGUCUAGAGAGAGAAAGACGGAGACACAUAAAAUUCAUAAGUCCAACGCAAGACUUCUCAGGAGCUUUAAUUACAAGAGUUUUUCCUUUUUCUUCUUUCUUCAUUACCCACCAAAUUAUUUCACUUUCUAGGCAGAUCUAUACAGAUUUCACAUGGAAUUCAUGUAACAACAGCAUUUAUCAACAAUCUCUCAGGGUUUCUAAGAAUCACAGGCAUUUAAUAAAUACGAGCAGCAAGAUGAACACUCCACUCCGGUUGGUCCGUUGCCCAAAAUGCCGGAAACUUCUGCCGGAGUCGCCGGAUGUUCCUGUCUAUCAAUGUGGAGGCUGUGGUGCAGUUCUUCAAGCAAAGAAGCGGAAAAAUGAUACUGUGGAUACAGCACCACGAAAGCUGGAAGAGGAAUCUUCCUCCGGUAAACUGAAAAUGGAGCAGGUUUCCGAUGAUCAAAAACCCAGCAGCAGUACAAACCAUUCUAUCAAUGAACCAAAUCGAAAAACCAGUGAUCAUAAUGAUGUUCAUAUUUCGAGUGAGCUUCUGGGUCAAGAUAAUCAAGAUGCAACAGCUAAAAAAGCAGAAAAUUAUACGGUUGAUGCAGUAGCAUCGAAUGGUGUCAAAGAUUAUUCCUCUGGCAAACAGAAAAUGAAGCAAGUUUCGAAUGAUGAUGAAGCCUGCAGCAGCUCAAAUCAACAAUCUCUUGUUAGUUCAAUCCACGAACCAGAUCCAAACAGUGAUCGUAAUGAUCCUCGUAGCUCUACCGAGCUCUCCGGUCAUGGGGAUCCCGAGUCAUCACCCGAAGCCACAGCUCACAACAGAAAAAAUCAAGAUCAGGUACACGAUCAUGACUUUGAUGAAAUUAAGAGUCGGUCAAGAUCAAGAUCGCCGGAAGCUGUAGUUCAUGACGGAAUAGAUAAAGAUGGACAACUGAUUAAUAACAGGGUCUCGGAAAACUGUGAAAAUGAGGUAGAAUUCGAAGAUAGCAGCAGGGAACUGACUAAGAGUCCCGAAAAAUGUUCAUUUUCGGAGGUUAACGAGAUCCAAAAGCCAUCACGAAAACCAAUUGCUGAUAGGAAGAUCGAUAGGGAUUCUAAUCGGGGGUCGAAGUCGAGUUUCAAGAGCUUGAUUGCAGAAAAAUUGCUCGAUACAAGACAGAAGAAAGUGGUGUAUAUGGAUGAAGACGAUAUACCAUCGGAAGACGGAAGUGCAGAUUUGUGUCAUCGCCGGAGAUUAUUCAAUCGCAUAAGCUCAGAAGAAACUUUCGAAAAUGAAAGAUUUGGUGGGACAAGCUACGAGUACGAGGGAAGCGUAUCUUCUUUUGAUGGGACCGAUAAUCAAAUUCCAACAAAGAAACAUGUUGAUUCAGUAAACGAGUAUCAUCAAAAGCACCAUCGCCGUGAGUUCCACCCUUCAGUUAGAUCCCGACGAGGUAAAGACGAGCACCGGUCGAUGCAAUCUCAACCAUUUUACGGAAAUGCCAUCCCUUCAAGACAUCGUCCACCUGUGAAUGUGAAUGCCAUUACUGGAAACCCGAAAAUGGAGAGACUAGAGCUGUUGAAAAUGGUGCGAGAACUACAAGAUCAACUCGAAAGAACAAACGUCUCGCAAUCUGCACAGCUACCUUCUUCGUACUACUACGAUCAUGGUUUGAAUCAUCCCAGAAGAUACGCGUUUUCCGGCGAAGUAAAUAGAAGAAGAGAUGGUGGGUCCGGAUCCGGCACGUGCCACCAUUGUUAUCCACAACCACAAGAGCACCGUCAUUUCUCAGCACAACAAAUUCCUAGGCCACAUCAACAUCAACAUCAACAUGUUUGCUGUAAUGGGCCUCAUUACGUGCCCAGCACGUGCUACAGUUCAGAGUCUGAUUUUACUACACCGGAACCCGAUGACAUCCACCGCCACAGAAUUGACGUCCCAAAACCAAAACCGACGUACAAAAAGUCUCCAAAAAAACGAUACGUCCGGCCGAUUUCCGGUGGGUCACCAUGGAUUGCUUGUUACCGGUGCUCAGAGGUUCUACAGCUGCCUCAAAGCUUUCUUGUUUUCAAGAAAAGAUGCCAUAGUUUGAGGUGUGGUGCUUGUGAGAAUGUGCUCAACUUCACGGUUUCUGAUGGGACUCAUGUCCAUAGAUAUUAUCCUGAAGAAAUGAUGGCUGCUCCUCCGAGCAGUGAGGUGGAAGACUAUGGUGAUGUGAGAGCGGGACUGGGCCCGGGCCCGGUUUCGUGUUCGGAUAUAUCGUUUCAGAAGAGUUAUUCUACGGAAACGGAUAGAAAUGGUUCUCGGGAGUUUUUUGAGGAGAGAAGAAAGGCGGGCCCAUCCGGACCUUCUUCUUCUUCAAGGGCUUCAGGCCGGAGAAAGGUGAUAUCAGAAAUCGAGGAGGUUGAGCCCGGGAACAAUGGUUCCCCACUGCAUUGGCUCAUGGGUUAUGCUUCUCCGAGCAAGGUGAUACGAGGUUGAUUCAAGAGGGAAGUUUUGAAAGGAGUCGGUUAUAAAUUUAUAGUGUACAGCUUUUGCAUAUAUAUUUGUGUUAUAUGGUUUUGUUGGUAUUUUUUUGUCAGUAUUGUUUGAUUAUUAUUUAUUUUAUAAGAUUGGGUAUAUUUUUGUUUC